CUCCGGCAACGAUCACCGGAAUACGAGUGCCAGUAUUGUUGUCGUGAGUUUGCCAAUUCACAAGCACUGGGAGGCCAUCAAAAUGCACACAAGAAAGAAAGACAGCUUCUGAAGCGAGCUCAAAUGCAAGCUGCUCGUACUGCUUUUGCCGCUUCGCAUCAUACUUAUAUUCAUCAUCACAACCCAAUCAUAUUUCCUCCACCUGAUACCCUCACCGGAUCGCCACCUCCGCCUCCGCCACGGCAGUCUCCGUGGCCGCACAGUGUGGCACAAAAUCCACCACCUUCGGUGUAUCAUUCUGGGGAAUUCGGUGUGUGUGUGAAUUCUGGUUUUGCAGCAGGUUUGCAUGAUCCUUCACGAUCAUCAUCUAUGGCGGCAUACGGCGGCUUUAAUGGCGGCGAUGGUGGCGAACGAGGCUUCAGUUUGGAUUUGCAACUUAGUCUCUGAUGAGUAAGGAGCAUAUUAUUGACACUGAGAUGCGCAAGAUGUACGACAAGAUCCAAAACAAGACGACACAAUAAGGCUAUAUCAAGUUUGUAAGUAUCUUGUCGGAGUUAAAAUGAGUGUUGGAUACAGUACUACUGUUUCAUGUUUCGAGCACCAGUGCUUUUAUUAAUUAGAUUUUGAGUUUCAGAUGUGUUUUGGGAAUUGAUGUAAAAAUCUUGGUUCGAAUUAUAAAUCUGAAGCAAAUGAUAUAUAUUCAAGCAUUUUCAACACGCCCAAAUCAGAACUUAAUUAGAAA